AUGGCUACUCGCCGGGUCUUUCGCCGCCGCGCGCCCCUCAUCGCCUCCGUCCUGGGCCUCUUCCUCCUCUACCACUUUUUCUCUACCCUCGAACCGCGACAACGACAAUCCCAACCCAUCGAUGAGCGCAGUGGCUCCCCGUGUCCCCCUCUUCCGGGCAUGGAAGAUGUCUUGGUCGUUUUGAAAACCGGCGUCACCGAGGCCAGGGACAAGGUGCCCGUCCAUUUCGACACCACCCUCCGUUGUGUCCCCAACUUCGUCAUUUUCUCCGACUUCGCCGAAGAAAUCCAGGGCGUACAAAUCCACGAUGCGUUGGCGAACAUGGACGAGGAGGUCAAGCGGUCGGUGCCCGACUUUGAUAUCUACAACCGCAUCCAGGAGCUCGGCCGAGCGGGACUCGAGCGCGACGACUUUGCGGAUGAGGCGAACUCCGCCAUCGGGAAGCCCAACAACCCCGGCUGGAAGCUGGACAAGUGGAAGUUCCUGCCCAUGGUGCAGGAAACCCUCAAAUACAAGCCCGAUGCCAAGUGGUACGUCUUCAUGGAGGCCGAUACCUACUUCUCGUGGCCCACGCUGCUCGAGUGGCUGGCGCACUUCGACCAGACGAAACCCUGGUAUAUUGGCACCGAGACCCAGAUCGCCGACGUCAUCUUCGCGCACGGCGGAUCGGGCUUCGCCGUCUCCAACCCAGCCAUGCAGCUGGUGUCGGACGCCUACACCACCCGCAACGUCGAGUUGAACGAGUACACGGACAUCCACUGGGCCGGCGACUGCGUCCUGGGCAAGGUGCUCUCGGACGUGGGCGUGCCGCUGCACUACUCGUGGCCUAUCCUGCAGAAUUCCAACGUCGGGGAACUGGACCAGUUCACCCAAGGGUUCUACCGCCGGCCGUGGUGCUUCCCCGCGGUUGCUUUUCACCACCUGCAGGCCAAAGACAUUCAAGACCUCUGGGCUUUUGAAACCCAACGCUGGCGCGCCCGCAUCCUCCUCCACAGCGAUAUCUUCAAAGAGAUCAUCUUCCCGGCCCUGUCCGGCUCCCGUGAGAAGUGGGACAACCUGUCCGACGAGGAACACUCAGAGAUCAGCUCCUUCCGCGAAUGUCAGCGCCUCUGCGAACAAAACGACGAGUGCACGCAGUUCGCCAUCCGCGAGCGCAAAUGCUACACGGGCAAGCACCCGCGAUUGGGCGUGUCUCAUGGGGACGCCCGUAGCGGAUGGCUGGUUCCGCGGGUUGAGAAGAUGAUGAACAGCGCACCGUCUUGCUCGACCAUUGAAUGGGGUGCAUGA